GACGCGCAGGGUCCGCCAGAGGCGGAGUGGCCCGACCCAGCCCUGGACGCUGAAGUCGAAGAUUAAGCAGCCGCCGGAGCUGGAAGCAGGUAUCAGAUCCGUGCACUGAGAGACCCACGCGAGCCUGAAGCCAGCGGGGUCCGAGCCGCCUGCCCACGACCCCACGAGUCCCGAACAAGCCCGUGAGCCCGCGAGCUCCCAGCCCCGCAGCCCCCAGAGCCCACCGCCUUCCAGGUCGCAGCCCCGAGCCAAGCCUCCAGAAUGCGAGCUGCGCGCAUCGUGCUCCGCGGAGCCUCCGGCCCGUCGGCUGCCGCUGCGUCCGUGCCCCCAGUCCCGCGGGCAGUGGAGCGCUUCUCCCGCUACAGCCCGUCCCCGCUGUCCAUGAAGCAGCUGCUAGACUUCGGCUCGGAAAACGCUUGCGAGAGGACCUCUUUCGCCUUCCUGAGACAAGAACUUCCCGUGAGGCUCGCCAAUAUCUUGAAAGAAAUCGAAAUUCUCCCUGAUCGGCUCGUCAAGACCUCCUCCGUGCAGCUGGUGAAGAGCUGGUACAUCCAGAGCCUCAUGGAUUUAGUGGAAUUCCAUGAGAAGAGCCCAGAGGACCAGAAGACUUUGUCCGACUUUGUAGAUGCGCUGAUCAAGGUCCGGAACAGGCAUCACGAUGUGGUUCCCACCAUGGCCCAGGGCAUCAUUGAGUACAAGGAUUCCGGUGCUGUUGACCUUGUCACCAACCAGAACCUCCAGUACUUUUUGGACAGGUUUUAUAUGAACCGCAUCUCCACUCGAAUGCUCAUGAACCAGCAUAUUCUCAUAUUUAGUGACUCGAAGACAGGAAACCCAAGCCAUAUCGGAAGCAUCGAUCCCCACUGUGAUGUGGUUGCUGUGGUCCAAGAUGCCUAUGAGAGUGCCCGCAUGCUCUGUGAUCAGUAUUACCUCGUUUCUCCUGAACUGAAGCUAACACAAGUGAAUGGUAAAGUACCUGACCAGCCCAUUCACAUCGUCUAUGUCCCCUCACACCUUCACCACAUGCUAUUUGAGCUCUUUAAGAAUGCCAUGAGGGCUACAGUGGAACACCAGGAACACCAGCCAUCCCUGACACCCAUUGAAGUGACUGUGGUCCUAGGAAAUGAAGACCUGACCAUCAAGAUUUCAGACCGAGGGGGUGGUGUUCCACUGAGAAUCAUUGACCGCCUCUUCAGUUACACCUACACCACUGCCCCAACCCCUGUGAUGGAUAAUUCCAGGAAUGCUCCUUUGGCUGGUUUCGGGUAUGGCUUGCCAAUUUCUCGUCUCUAUGCCAAGUACUUUCAAGGGGACCUAAGUCUCUAUUCGUUGUCGGGGUAUGGAACAGACGCAAUCAUCUAUUUAAAGGCGCUGUCUUCUGAGUCCAUAGAAAAGCUCCCUGUUUUCAACAAGUCGGCCUUCAAACACUACCAGGCAGGUCCAGACUCAGGGGACUGGUGUACCCCAAGCAAAGAGCCGAGGAACCUCUCCAAGGAAAAGAUGGCCAUGUGAGCAAGGUUCCAACCAGACUGCUUCAGAAAACAUGGGGCUCCAAACUUUGGUGGGAACAAAAAACAAGUCCUGUCUCCAUCAGAAUCCUGGUCAGAGGAGACAGGCGGGUGUGUGUCAAAGAUGCAGCCCCAUGGACCCACUGCAUGCAAGCUGUUUGUGUGGCGGACCUGGCAGGAAGCUCUCAAGGGCCAAUUGGUGCAGGCAGAGGGUGCUCUGGGCCCCCAUCCCUCCCUAACCCUGGGAGAGGAGGGAGUCGGGAACUGAGUGGUCCUCGACACCACAUUCAGGCCCCCAUUUCUCAGCCCCAAGGACAGCUCUGAUACUACAGUGCUGGUUGUUGGAACAGUGGGAGUGAGCUAUGGACUGUUAAAUGCGUGCCGUUCCCCUGCUUACUGGCCAUUCAGAAGACCACAAGUUAGGAUCACAUCCUUGGAAAUGUACACAUGUCCUUUAGCCAUUGUAUUGAUAACCCCAAGAAAACAGGUGGGCAGCCAAGGCCACACCAGUGUAAAUGACCAAGAAAAGAGCAAAACCGUUGUCCACUAGCUUGUAACCCAGGGACAGAAAAGGGCUGGAGGUGUUACUUCUCUAACCCAAACUAUUCCUUGUCCUCCUGGCUCAUCCAGUGGCUCAGGUGCCUGUGUGGGCAUGUGCCCUAAGUGUGGACACAAGGCAUGUGGGAAGGUCGCUAUUUGUGGGAGAAGGAUGGAAGUCAGGGCCACAUGGAGACCCACAGCAGGACCCCAGCCCCUCUUGGCUAGGUUAGAGAUGUGCUUAUAAUUAGGGGAGGGUAAGCCUCACCUGGAGUGUGAAGGUUACACCUAGGGCCAUUGUUGAGUUUGGAAAGAGGACACUAGCAGUCCAAGGUUGUGGCGGUAAGAUCAGACUCCAGGCUGUGGUGGGAUGUUGGUGGAUUUCUUGUUGGGGAGCUGUGUUUGUUGGGAUAUGGAAGGUGGAUCGAAGGGGAAGGAGCUGAGGAUUCUCUCUGAGCCCAUGACCCUGCUGGCUUGUCUAUGUGGCCAGACAGUGGGCAAGGGAGCAGGGCUGGACCUGGGGAAUGCAGCACAGGUGGGGGAUGGAGUAAGUGCAGUAAGGUAGGUGGGCCAUCCCUGCUCAUGUCCUGUUGGAUGUGACGCUUCUGUUGGGUGAUUAUUCUUUUUGGCUGCCAGAAGCCCCCUUUACCUUAGAGUUUGCAUGAGGCCCUCCUAAAGGAGUGGGGGGAGUUCUGGCCGGCACACGCUCCCUUAGUCCCUUUGGGGCUCAACGAAUUAUGGUCUGGGGUGAGAGCAGGUGGGGGGUCCUCCGCUCCAGUGUUGGCCUGGGGCUGGCCAGAGCUGAGGGGGCAGGGCCAGCCCCACCCAAGUCAGUGCCUGCAGAUGUCAGCUUUCCGUCGCCACAGAAGGGAGAUGGCUGGCCUACUUGCUGUGACUGGCCCACACAGCACACAGUGAAGGGAGGAAAGCCUCAGUCUGGGAGAUGCCAGGCUGGGGCUGACUCUGACUCUGGCUGACCAUACUGCGGACCUUGAGGAGAAUAUGGUGCGAUUGUAAAGUUAUUGCUGUGUGAAUUAAGCUUUGUCCAUAGAAACUUGACACUUUUUGUAAUAAAUAUUUUUACUAUAAUUAC